CGCUGCCGCCGCCUCUGCCGGGGGCGCGGGAGCGGGCGGGACCCCGGUCCCGCAGGAGCGGCGCCGUGAGGGGAGAGGGCUGAGGCGGGGCCGCUCCGCGCCCCCCUGGCGGCAGCGCCCCCCGGCGGCGGGGCCGCGCCCACGUGAGGGGAGCCGCCAUGAGCCGGCCCCAGGGGAUGCGCGGCAGCCGCCGCUCCCUGCAGGUGAAGUUCGUGCCCGACGAGGACGUCCUCAAGCACAUCUCCGACGAUGCAGGAACUAAAGUACGGAAGGACAAGGCUCAGCUGAGUGUCAGUGUCAAGAGAUUUGUGAAGAAGCUUGAGAAUAUUUCUGAUAACGAAGCUCAGGAGAUCCUGGAAGAGAAGAACUAUGUUGCUGCUCUUGGAAUAUGUGCCCAAGAUCCAGUGGGCAAUGGCUCAAAUAUAAGUGGUGGUGAAGUUUACUCAUUCCAGACUCCCAAACGCUCCAAUAAAAUGGCAGAGCUGGCUUCUGAAUUAGCCCAGACACCAGAAAAGAAUGUGGCACCUGAUGACUCCAAAUGCCCUGAGAAGAUGGCCAAAACCCCUCAAAGCAGCAAGCGUUCAGGUUCAAACAAAGUGCAGCAGAGGAGUAAAAAGAAAGAAUUUGUGUCCACCACACCUUACAGACUCAGAAAGAGACUAGCAGCUCCAGAUCCCUAUUUAGAAAGUGAGAGUGAGUAUUCUGCUUCCUGCUCAGAGGAGGAGGAUGAGGAUGAACAGAAGGAAGUCAGCGCUGUUUUAUCAGAUCAAAAGACUCCAGCAAAAACUAAGGCUGCAUCUACACCUCCUCCCAGAAACAGCCUAGCCAAAAAAAAUAAGGAGCAGAAGAUGGGCAACUUGGUGGAGGAAUACUUUGAAGCUCACAGCAGUUCCAAAGUGCUCACUUCAGACCGAACACUGCAGAAGCUGCGGAAAAGAAGAUUGGAUCAGCAAACACUGCGUGAUCUUUUGAAAAAUGCUCCCCUUGCUUAUGCUGCUGAAAUUAGAGACCUUAACCAGCAACAUGAAUCCUUGUUUUCCAAAUGGAUGCUGCAAUUACACUUGGGUUUCAAUAUUGUGCUUUAUGGACUGGGCUCAAAGCGUGAUCUGUUGGAGAAGUUUCGUACCUCUUUGCUCCAGGAUUCUGUUCACCUGGUGGUUAAUGGAUACUUCCCCAGCAUCACUGUGAGAUCUAUUCUCAACUCCAUCACAGAGGAGGUUUUGGACCAUAUAGGGACCUUCCGCAGCCCCCUGGACCAACUUGAAUUCAUAACCAAAAGGUUCAAAGAAGAUUCAUCUUUAGAGCUCUAUGUCCUCAUUCAUAACCUGGACAGCCAGAUGUUGAGAGGAGAAAGAAGUCAGCAGAUCCUUGCACAGUUAUCCUCCCUGCCUAGCAUUUACCUCAUUGCCUCUAUUGAUCACAUCAAUGCUCCUCUCAUGUGGGAUCAGGCAAAGCUGAGCCUCUAUAACUGGCUUUGGUAUGAGACAACCACAUUUAAUCCUUAUGUGGAGGAAACAUCUUAUGAGAACUCGCUUUUAGUACAACAGUCUGGAUCUUUGGCUUUGAGCUCCCUAAUGCAUGUCCUGCAUAGCCUCACUCUCAAUGCCAGAGGGAUAUUCAGACUGCUUGCUCAGCACCAGCUGGAGAAAAAGGACAAUCCAUCUUAUCCAGGGCUGUCUUUCCAGGAUUUUUACCAGCAGUGUCGGGAGGCUUUCCUUGUGAACAGUGACUUGACACUCAGGGCACAGCUGACAGAAUUCAGGGACCACAAGCUGAUCCGGACCAAGCGGGGAGCUGAUGGUGUGGAAUACUUACUAAUUCCUGUCGAUGACAGUACCUUGACGGACUUCUUAGAGAAAGAGGAUGAAGAUGUGUAACAUCUGUGUCCUCAGUGUCUACAGCAACUGCUCUCAAAGGCUGCUGGAGAAGGGCUUAUGCUCAGAUCUCUUUCUCCAGCCUCACAGCUGCUGCAUUGAUAAGUAAUAAUUCUAAAGAAUCUUGCUCAUUGUUCAACUGCCUCAGGUAGUUUGGAAUGAUGAUUCUGUAAGCAAGGCCUCUCUUGCGCUCUAGUUGGAUUUGUCUGCUUUGUCUCUUAGCUCAGACAAUGCCUUCUUCCUACCUGUGCAUCCAACCUCACAGCCAGAAAAACAAACUUGGUGAGAUUGUGCCUUCUGCUCUCUACCUCAGUAGACAUGAAGGUUUUAUUGGAGCAAUUUACUUGGGAAGUGCAAAUCACAAGAUGGUCAAGAGCUUUAGUUUGUACUAGUGGUGCAAAUUUUCCCAUUUGAGUGCUAUCCAGUACUCCUUACCAUUUAGACAAAACUAGCUUCCAUUGUAUGAAGGCAAGAUUUAUAGUGCUACAAGACCUGUCUUGACUGCAUGAGGAAAGGAGAAUAUAAGUGGGUUUGGGAUGCUGCAGGUGACUUAGUAAAUUCUGGCAAUAAAACUGAAGGACUUGUUCCAAACUAACAUCCUUUUGUAAGAUUUAGAUAAUCAAAAUUAUGAUGGACUCAUGUCAUUGCCUGCUACUUUCCAACGUGCAGUCCAGGAAUAUGAAGAGGCUAUGAAGCUUUUUCGUUUAUUUUUUUAAAUCUUGAUUGUAUAUUUAUAUUUUUUACAUCAGGAGUGCCCACUGAUCCUGGAGGAGGCCUUAAAUGCCACUUAGAAGCUCUCCCUUUUUUUAAGCUUUUAGAGGUUGGGAGACUACUGAAGUUUGACAUCUUUUCUUCAAUUCUUUUUUUCUCAGUUAUGUGGGAGGAAGCUCUGUAGUUCCAUCAUCUGUAGUCUGCCAGCCAGACUUCAGGGACUCUUUAUGCCUAAUAUUUGGUAGCUGUGUUACAGCUCAGUGUUGUAAUAGUUCAAAUCAAUCAAAUAAAGUACUUUAUUAAUUUUCA